GGUGAGUUCAAUGCAUCAUGGAAGCAACAAAGUUGGGUCUGCCAAUAACAAUAUAAUCACCAACAAUGGAGUUCUCAAUAGCAAACACUAUCAUCUUCUUCUUCCACUGAAUCCAGCAACCUCCAACCAAGUCCUCACAUGGAGGAGAAGCGCCGCGAUUCUGGAAAUUUACCGGCCAAUACUACCGAUUCUCCUUCAUCGGAGCCGCCUUCUUCUCGCCGUCGUGCUGGAGCUCAUAAGCGAAAGGCCAGCGCUCUUAGUGGCUCUAACUCCUCAUCCGGGCCCUCGAAACGCGUUACUCGCGACAAAUCUGCGCUUUCGCAUCCUCCAAAUCAUAGCGGCCCCUUCACCAGAGCUCGACUUGGCCCUAACAAUGGCGCUGGAGCAGCAUCCGCUAACGCGGCUGGAGGUUUUGCUGCCGGAUCAGUUAAGGCGGAGGGCUCUUUAUUUCAUUCCGAAGUUCAGCGUGGAGAUGCGUUGGUCGCUGCAGCGGAGGAAUUGAACAAGGCGAGUAGAUUGGCGAAUUUGGAGGCGUCUUUCGAAACUGAUUUCGAAGUUAUUAAAUCUCGAGGUGCAAAUGUUCAUGUUGUUCCGAAUCAUUGUGGUUGGUUUUCAUGGACAAAAGUCCACCCGAUUGAGGAAAGCACAAUGCCUACCUUUUUCAGUGGAAAGGCUGGGACUCGAAGUCCUAAUAUUUAUAUUGAGAUACGCAAUUGGAUUAUGAAAAAAUUCCAUGCAAAUCCUAGUACGCAGAUUGAAUCAAAAGCUUUAUCAGAGCUGGAAAUUGGAGAACUAGAUGCUAGACAGGAGGUGAUGGAGUUUCUAGACCAUUGGGGUUUGAUUAAUUUUCACCCUUUCCUAGCCGCAGAUUCAAUUUCAACAAAUGAUGCUGACAAUGAAAAUCAAAAGGACUCUUUGGUUGAGAAGUUGUUUCACUUUGAAACAUUAGAAUCCUGCCCAUCUAUUGUUCCAAAGAUUAAUGCUACCACUGCAGCUCCACCUAGAUUGCUUCGAGAAUCUGCAAUUUCUGAAGAGAUGGUGAGGCCUGAGGGUCCAUCUGUUGAGUACCACUGCAACUCAUGCUCUGCUGAUUGCUCUCGGAAACGUUACCACUGCCAGAAGCAGGCAGAUUUUGAUUUAUGUUCGGAGUGCUUUAACAAUGGGAAAUUUGAUUCUGAUAUGUCUUCAUCAGAUUUUAUUCUCAUGGAGUCUGCUGAGGUUCCUGGUGCUAGUGGAGGUAAGUGGACAGAUCAGGAAACUCUCCUCCUCCUUGAGGCUUUAGAGCUUUAUAAGGAAAACUGGAAUGAGAUUGCAGAACAUGUGGCCACCAAAACAAAAGCCCAAUGUAUAUUGCACUUCAUUCAAAUGCCAAUUGAGGAUACCUUUCUUGAAUAUGAAGGCAAUGUUGAAGUCAGUGCAAAAGAAACUAUUGUUCCACCUUUAAUUGAAAAUGAUUCAUCAGUUCCUUCUGAUAUCACUGAAUCAAUGGAUAAUAAGGCUACUGGAAAAGAGGCUUCAAAUGUAGAAAGUGCGAGCAAGGAAGAUACAGGUGAGGUAAAAGUUGGGCAGGAUAACUCAAAAUCAGAGGAUGUUGAAGGAAAAGCUUCCUUAGAUAACUCUAAAUCAGAAGAUGGUGACCAGAAGGUUUCUGAAGACAUUGCCUUGAAUGCUUUGAGGGAGGCAUUUGAAGCCAUUGGUUAUAUAUUAACACCUGAGCAUUCACUUUCAUUUGCUGAUGUAGGGAACCCUGUCAUGGCACUGGCUGCAUUCCUUGCACGCUUAGUUGGACCAGAUGUUGCCAGUGCAUCAGCCCGUUUUUCUUUGAAAAGCAUAUCUCAAAAAUCUCCGAGUUUAGAACUGGCUACAAGGCACUGCUUUAUUUUAGAAGAUCCACCGGAUGACAAGAAGGCACAAGUUAAUUCAGAGAGCAUUGACGACGUGGAAGCUCAGAAAAAUGAUAAAGAACAGUGUGCGAAACAGAGGGAAGACAAUUCUACUUCGCUCUUAGAUGACAGAGCCUUAUCAACUAAUAACAGUAAUAACAAAAGUGGAGAAUCUGUGAUAAAGGAAACAACGGAGAAUGGAAAUUCUUCAGAUGCUAUUGGAGAACACAAUCCAGUUAUCAAUCAUGGUUCAGAUACAAGUAAUUUGAAAAAAUUAGGAGAACCAGAAUUGCCUAAGGAUGAAAAAACAGGCAUUGUGAAGGAAUCUAAAAAUUUAGAAUCAAAAUUGUCAUCAAAUCCAGUUGAAAAGGUGGGAGAAGGAACUCCUGUUGAAAAGCCAUCUCAAUCUACGUUGUCACCAAAGGAUGUACAUAUGUCAGAUUCGCAGCAUGCUGAAAGUUCUGAGAUUCAGAAACAAGUUCCAUCUCGUUCUGCCAAAACUACAAAAGAAUUAGAUGAUGAGACAAAUCGUUUACCAUCCGGGAACGAGCCUCAAGUAAUAAUUUCUGCUAAUUCUGUGAAAGAAGCCUCUUACAAUGUAGCUAUGUUGUCUGAUUCUCACGAUAAGAAUGAACCUGGACAAACUGAAACAUCGAAAUCUGUGGUUGACCAUGGAGCAACCAAGGUCUCUGAUUCUUUGUCCUCAGCAGUGAUUGCGACACCACAACCAGUCGAACCAAAUUCAGUUGUCGAAAGAGGAGCAGAUGAUAAUCAAAGCAAGGACAAUAAAGAAGAAAACUCCAAUAGUACAAGUAAAAAAGAGGAAAAAGUUGAUAAGCUGAAGCGUGCUGCGGUUACAACACUGUCAGCAGCAGCAGUGAAGGCAAAAAUUCUGGCUAACCAGGAAGAGGACCAAAUCCGUCAACUCGCCAUGAUAUUAAUUGAAAAACAGCUGCAUAAAUUGGAAAGCAAGUUAGCAUUCUUCAAUGAGAUGGAUAAUGUGACAAUGAGAGUGAGGGAGCAACUAGACAGAUCAAAGCAAAGGCUUUUCCAGGAACGAGCGCAGAUAAUUGCCGCUCGACUCGGUCUACCAGCUUCAUCAUCACGAGGUGUGGCACCAACAUUACCAGCAAACAGAAUGGCCAUGAACUUUGCAAACUCAGCCCCAAGGCCUCCAAUGGGCAUGAUGCCCCAAAGGCCACCGACUUCGGGACCGUCGGGUAUGGCUGCUACUAACCCUAACCCCCAAUACGCAACCACCAGUACAACAAUUUCUGGGAAUUCAUUUCGCCCUGCAAAUCAGGACACACUUUCUUCUGUUGGGACCAAGUAAAUCAAUAUUAGUUUGCAGGUUGAGAUUGCAACCAUUUUAAUACAGUAGAAUUCACACUUCAGUUUACUUUGUAACCUAUUUGAUUUUAAUGUUGUAUUAUAUUUUGAAUCAACUAGGAACCUUUUAAAAUUUGGAAGGAAAAAGAAUCUAAUUUAGCUUGCCUGACUUUAUAACACUCCCUUUGUAUUCUGACCAGCCUUCCGUCUCUUCAAAUUCUUACCAUCACUUAAGUGGUUUUCAAUUGGACAUUUCAUUUUAUAUAGUAGAACGCUUUCGGGAGA